ACGCCGGCCAACGCUCAGCCAGAGAAGCUCGGCAUCCCCAACUUCCCGAGCCUGCGCGGCUUCGAGGUGAUCGACGCGGCAAAGGCGGCGCUCGAGGAGGCCUGCCCUGGAGUCGUCUCGUGCGCGGACAUCGUCGCUUUCGCUGGCCGUGAUGCCACUUUCUUCCUCAGCAACGGGAAGGUGUACUUCGACAUGCCGGCCGGCCGCUACGACGGGAACGUGUCCCUCGCUAGCGAGACCCUCCCCAACCUGCCUCCGCCCUUCGCUACCCUCCAGAUGCUCAAGGACAUGUUCGCCUCCAAAGGGCUCACCGUCGACGAGAUGGUCACCCUCUCCGGCGCACAUAGCGUCGGGGUCUCCCACUGCUCGUCCUUCUCGGACCGCCUCCCGCCCAACCCCUCUGACCCCUCGGCCAUGGAUGCCACGCUCGCUGCGUCUGUGCAGGUAAAAUGCAACCGCACUGGUGACCCCGUGGUGGUGCAGGACUUGAGGACCCCUGGGGACCUAGACAACCAGUAUUACAAGAACGUGCUCGAUAAGAAAGUAUUGUUCAAGUCAGACGCCGCACUCCGUUCGUCGGAGACCGGGGCACAAGUGCUCCUCAACGCCUGGAUCCCUGGGCGGUGGGAGGCGAAGUUCAAGGCGGCCAUGGUGAGGAUGGGCAGUAUCGAACUCAAGACCAGGGCCAACGGGGAGAUCAGAAAGCAGUGCCGGUUUGUGAACUAGCUAAGCGGUGGAUCAAAGUAUCACAAGAAUUGACACAUAUCUUAUCUUGAUUCUCCACGCUGGAGACUCAUGAAAAUAUGCUGAUGGUUUCUGUAUGUGCCAUUUUCGAAUUAUCGUUGCUGUAUGAUUUCAAAUACGGUUAUUUUUUC